CGUCAGUCUCCUAGAGUCAGUAGUUGGGACAGGAAUGGGCCGUAAUUAACCACAAGAAUGUAGUGAAGAAGAAAUGUUGGGAGUCAGUGCUUGAGUGAGACUGUGACGGAACUGAAACGGAAAAGGGUGGAAAAGUUUAAUCAUAACCUUUGAAGGAGAUAAGUACCAAUAAACGGAACGUCUUGAAAAAUGACGAAAGCAAAGUACAGAGUUCAUCCCUGUGACAGCAACCGUUCGGUCAACUCGAAUGGAGAUCCUCUGGGUCUACAAAAUAACGAGGAACUGAUAAGCAAAGUACUGAAGGAGACAUUUAUCAAGACCAAUCUAUCAAACGAGUCCUUAGGAAUUGGUGGGGAACCUCAAGAUGUUGACCACGGAACCUCGCACUCUAGAGGAUCUGACCUAACAGACGCGAGUGGAUCCUCAGAGGCUCCGAGGCUGGAGGACCAUCUUCGGGAGCCACCCCCAGCUAAGGACAGAGGAUACGCCUGGGUUGUGGCCUUCAAUGUGUGUCUCAUAAACCUGGUGUCAGCAGGGUACGUCAAGAGCUUCGGAAUCACUUACACCUUGAUCAUGGACUAUUUUCCAGAUGCUUCUGGUGCCUCCUCAGGGUGGAUUAUGGGUCUCUUAGUUGGAUGCAGGGGGCUUCUAGCUCCAGCCAUGGGAGCAUUAACAGUACUUGCUGGCCCUCGUAAGUGCGUGAUUGGCGGGGCCCUCAUGUGUGUGGCUGGAAUCCUAAUGGCUGUUCCAGCUUUCUCAGUCAUUUAUCUGGCCUUCUCACUUGGAGCAGUUGUUGGAACUGGUAUGUGCAUGGCUGAGACUCCGGGAUUCAUCCUGGUAACUGACUACUUCCAAGAGAAGCGUUCUUUGGCGAAUGGAAUCAGGGCAGCUGGAAACCCGUUGGGCGGCAUCUUGUUUUCCCCGAUGAUCGUCCUUCUCCACCAAGAAUUUGGCCUCAGGGGAAUGUUCAUGCUGAUAGCUGGAGUCAUGCUACAGUUGGUUGUGUUUGGAAUGCUCAUGAGACCCUUUGAACUGCACGAAAAAGUAGUCCAGGAAGAUUACUGGAGGCAAGUGCAAAGGGAUACGGGCACGUCAGACUUACAGAUCAGAGCGCUGAAGGCUACUCUGGCCUCCCAACGAGUAACUAAGGAGAAGAAGGCGAUUGAUUUUUCCAUCUUGAAAAACCCAGCCUACCUCGUUUACCUAGUCAUGGUGAUGUGUACAGCUUGUGCCUUGCCCAGUGCUCUCCUCUAUGCCCCUGUUUAUGGGAGGUCCAUUGGGCUCAGUGACUUCGAGAAUUCAGCCAUUUCUGCGUAUAUAUCUUGCUGUGAUGUGGUCAUGAGGCUCUUCUGCGGGUUCAUCUUUAACAGGAAGAAGUACAAUAAGAGAUAUGGAUUUAUAGCAAGUUUGGUGAUAGGAGGCGUUGGCUGUAUGACCUUGCCAUUGAGCUCAAACAUGUGGCACCUUCUAGUUUUUGCCACUAUGUUCUCUCUCUGCAUGGCCUUCUUUUGGACGCUGAUCAACGUCCUCUUAGCUGACCAGUUUGGAGGAGAUGCGAUGGCGUCCACCUGGGGAUUCUUCCGGAUGCUGCAGGGAAUCUGCAACUUCUUCUAUCCAACGGUUGUUGGUUUGGUUAUGGACCUCACUGGAGGAGUGAGUGUCCCUUACAUCAUGAUGGGCUCCAUGUUGAUUUUGGGAGCUCUGGUCUUUGCCUCUCAGCCUCUUGUAGCAAAGCUUCCUGGUUCAAAAAUAUAUCCUUCUUGAUGA